AGAGAGAGAGGGAGAGAGAAAGGGAGGCACACAGAGCUCGGAGCAUGUCGCCUCCUGUUGCUGAGCCUCACUGUGGGAUCUGCUGUCGACCUUUCAGACUGAACACAUGAACGCAGAAAGCUUUUUUUACGCGUUUCCUCGCUAUGUGAAACCCGGAGCUCAGCGGCUGCUCUUAGUUCCGAGGAAAAGCACUGCUUGUCAUUGCGGGGAUAUUUUUUUUUUUACACAACUUGGCAGAGAAGUCGCUUGCUGCUAGUGCUGGAGCUGUUUGUUUGCAGAUAAAGUGUGAAACAAGUAUUACAAAAGAGAGCAACAGAUGUUUCUGGAGGAUAUGCGGCCGGCUGAGGAAUGAGAGCCGCAGCGAGGCACCGGCGGCCCUUCCAGCGGUUCUGCUGCUGUGGAGUCGGGCUGGUGGCUGUCAUGUGGAUCGCUCAGGUCCUCCAGGCACCAGCAGAGACGGAGUCCUCUGUGUUUGGGCCAGGCGUGAGCGGUGAGGAGCUGCGAUGGACCCGCCGGCUGAUGCAGGAGAAGUCAGACAACCAGAGCGAGGACCAGCUGCCGCGGGCAGCCAUCCAUGAGUUUCCAGAGGACAUUUUUACCAAGGAGCAGAGGAAGAAGGGUGCCGUUUGUCUGCAUGCUCUCUGUGCCAUCUACAUGUUCUACGCUCUGGCCCUCGUCUGCGAUGACUACUUUGUCCCGUCUCUUGAGAAAAUAUCUGAGAACCUGCAGCUUAGUGAAGAUGUGGCCGGAGCGACAUUCAUGGCUGCAGGAAGCUCUGCUCCGGAGCUGUUCACGUCUCUCAUUGGUGUCUUCAUCACCAAAGGAGACGUUGGAGUCGGGACGAUUGUUGGCUCUGCCGUCUUCAACAUCCUGGUCAUCAUUGGACUGUGUGGGAUCUUUGCGGGCCAUACAGUGGUUUUAACGUGGUGGUCUCUUUUUAGAGAUUCCACAUACUACAUCCUCUCUGUUCUGGCUCUCAUCAUGGUAAUCUAUGAUGCCACAGUUGUUUGGUGGGAGUCCUUGCUUCUCAUGACCAUGUAUGGGAUCUACAUUAUAAUCAUGACGUUCAACUCCCAGAUUCUGGCGUUUGUGACGCUGCAGCUGAGCACCUCCGGGCCGUGCUGCUUGGGAUCAGCAGACAUCCAAAGAGAAGACAAGAUGGCAGAGGACGCCACUGCCUGCAACACGUCCAUGGUGCUCCUCAACAAAGGCCAAGUCCACAACCAAGAGGCUGCUCCAGUCAUCAUGGUGGAUGAGCUCCUCAACCUCAACCCUCACAAACUGUCCUUCUCCGACGCCGGGCUGCGCGUCAUGAUCAGCCCUCACUUCUCCCCCCGCACCAGGCUCUCCAUGGCAGGACGCGUGCUCAUCAGUGAGAGACAGAGGCUGAUCCAGAGCUCGAAAGACGGCGAGGCCGGCCCGGUGUCGCGGGGGGGGUCGACCAGCAACAGCCUGAAGAGAUCGGGCUCCUGCGGCGUGGAGAACGGAGGCAAGACUCCCGCAAUAGGAGACGCAGAGUCAGGAGAAAAGCCGGGGGUUGAGGUGUGCCAGACAGAGGAGGAGGGCGAAGAAGAUGGGAUUUUUAGUCCUGUGCGCAUACCAGGUACUUGGUGUGGGCGGGUGAAGUGGCUGAUCAAAUGGCCUCUGGGUCUCCUGCUGUACUGCACCGUGCCGAACUGCAUCCGGCCCCGCUGGCACCGCUGGUUCAUGGUCACGUUUCUGGCCUCCACCCUGUGGAUCGCCAUCUUCUCCUACCUCAUGGUGUGGAUGGUCACCAUCAUCAGCUACACACUAGACAUCCCAGACUACAUCAUGGGCAUCACCUUCCUGGCCGCGGGGACCAGCGUGCCGGACUGCAUGGCCAGUCUGAUUGUAGCUCGACAAGGCAUGGGGGACAUGGCGGUGUCUAACUCCAUAGGCAGCAAUAUCUUUGACAUCCUGCUGGGUUUGGGUUUCCCCUGGGCUCUGCGUACCCUCGUGGUGGAGCACGGAUCAUCAGUGUACAUAAAUAAUAAAGGAUUGGUGUAUUCUGUCGUGCUGCUGCUGGCAUCUGUGUUUCUGACGGUGAUGAGCGUCCACCUGAACCACUGGAGGCUGGACCGCCGGCUGGGCCUGGGUCUGCUGUUCCUCUACUCCAUCUUCCUGCUCUGCUCAAUCCUCUUCAGCCAGAUGUGAGGCCUGGGGGUCAAAGGUCGACCCUCUCAUGAUGAGUAGCUUCCUUCCUACCACACGUCCUCUUUCCCCGAAGCCAAAAAAGAGCGAGAGCUUCGUUGUGUUCCUCGUGAGAGUAUCCAUGCACGUCUUUAGGACUCGGUCAAUACUUUCCACCUGCAUCCACACAAACACUCAGUGAAGUCUUCUAUCAAUAGCACAAUUUGCUCCCUUUUGUACAGCGCAGUGUUGAAAACAAUCUCUUAAGCAUCACAUAUGGUGACCGAGGAAAAUAUUUAAUGACAAAGGCUUGUUAGGCCUUUUAAUAACAAUAUGAAACAGGAAGUGGAAUGGCUCACAAAUAUCUGUAUGAUAAAUAGAAUCCAUAACUAUAUUAAAUAUUAUGUAACAAUGAUUAUGUUUGAAUACACAAAAACAAAUCACAAUGCCUUGUCUAAUAAGAAUAUUUGUUUUAGGAGGGAUCACUUCCUGCUAAGUUAACAUAUCAGCUAACUAGUUUAAACUAUUUAAUUUGACUAAUGAUGCGUCUUCACAAUUUUAAUAAAGCAAUAAUCCAUUAAAAGUUUAGGUAUUACAGUGAUUUGGAAAAGACUGUUGCUUCCUGUUUUCAUUUGUUCAAUGUUAUUAUUUAUAUUUUCAGUGUUUGUGCUCUGACAGCUGCUGCAGCCGAGCAGAUGCAUUACAGAGCGAUUAGCGAGGGGAUGUCCUCGACAACAAAGCAAUCAAAAGUUAUUUAUGAUAUAGAGUAUAUGCACAUAUAUUCAGUGUAUGCUGGUGUUCACUAGUGUCUCAGCAAUCAAACUGUUUGAGCAGGAGCGGUUUCAGAGGAGAUUUACUAGCGAAAAUAUAGAUAAAAAUCUAGUUUAUAGUUCUGAACAAAUUGUUUUAUCAAUUUAAUCUGGGGACCAGGAUGUGUGAGAACAAGCUGAAGGAUAAAGUUGGCUCCGGUGAAAAAAAAACUAUAUUUAUUGGAAGAAAUAAAAAGUACCCGAAGGAAUUUAUAUAUACAAAUAUUAAUAUAUACUUGACAUGGUUUUAGUGGCCACUGUGUACACUUUGCAUUAAUGGUUGAAACCUGCAGAUUGUACAGAUGUUAAAAAGAUACUUUAAUCUGCCACGUUAUGCCUGGACCUACCGUUCAAGAUAAAAAAAAGUCUAUCAGAUUAAUAUCGUCCGUCGGCCUUGGGUGUGAACACCCUGUAUGUAUUUGAAUGUAAAACCUUGCUGACUUUACCAUUAGUGUGGAAAUAUUUACAUGCAUUCAAAUGUAGCAGACGGCACUGAAUCACAGCCUCUGAACAGAGAGGUUCUCUAGUCCGCCUGUAGAGGACAUGAUGUGUGUGUCAGUAGAAAUGUAACAUGAAAAUGCACAUUGUUUUUGCCUAACUACUUAUAAGCAAGUAUUGGUGCAUCUUAAUGUACGUAAAGAGAUUAACCUAGUGUUACAGUGUUUUUAGAAGUCUUAUUAUUAUUAUGAAAUCUUAUAAAUAAUCUUCUUCUAUGAGUGUCACAUACUUUGAUGACUCUGAGUGCAGGUUAGUAAAACUUCACGUUUAGGUACGACAAUCGAUGUUUGUAUUGUUUCUUGUACAUUUUAUGCGAAGAUUUCACUUUGGUGGGACGUUUUCACUCAGAUGGGGACAGAAACAGCAGUGUGUGUGUGUGUGUGUGUGUGUGUGUGUGUGUGUGUGUGAGACCUGUAAACAGUCUUUGAUGUGUACAAUCGAGAAAUUGUAACACAGAAUAUAGUUUGGUUAAAAAAGCAUGAAUCACUGAAGAGCCAGGGUGUAGUGCAAAUACCUAAUUGCUGACAUUCGUGUGUGUGUGUGUGUGUGUGUGUGUGUGUGUGUGUGUGUGUGUGUGUGUGUGUUGCAUAUUCUCUAUUCCUAUAUACCUGCUGCUCCUGUCCUUUUAUAUGGAAAUUAUGAAAUAAUUUGGAAACAUUUAAAUAAUCCGAUGAAGACUAAAUGUUCCACCAAAGCGAUAUGGCCAAUUUUGUCUUUGUUUCAAAUGGCUGUAUAAUUAUUAUCAUUGUCUACUAGACAAUACUUUUUACUGUUUGUAAAUGUUAAAUAAUUGACAUAGUUUUACAAUAAUGAAUGUCUGACAGAGACUAGUUUUGUGGUGUUUUUGAUAUUUAAAAAAAAUGAAAUGUAAGCCUACUUGUGAAAUAUUGGGCGAAUGCAUAUUUUGUUUAGUGGAUUAUGAUGCUGUAAUGUCAGAAUAGCUCAGUUUGGUAUGAAUUCUAUUGCAGUUGUGUCCUAAAAACUGUUCAUCAUAUGAUUUUUAUUUAAUGUAAGGAUUGAUUAAUUGAUUAUUUAAUGCAAAGGGAAUACAGAAAACAAAGCUCCUGUUUACAGGUUUGAAUUCAGUUUCAAAUGUUUCAAAUGCUUUAAAGAAUAGCUGUGCCACUUAACUUAAAUUACAGUUAGCAUUUUGCCCUUUUCUCACAAAAUGAUGCAAUGAAAAAGUCAGCAAUUAUCCCAAAUGACUCGUAUAGCUACAGCUUAAAAGUGUAGUUACAUUUAAACACAUUUGAUCAGAUCUGCUUAAAUGUCAUGCCAGGAUUUCUUUCUUCAAAGAUGCCAUGAAUGUAUCUUAACGGUUUUAAAGGCAAUGGAUGUGCUGUUCAAAUGUCAAAGGAAGAAAAGGUAGGAAGUCCUCCUAAACACCUGUGUCCCAACAUAAAAGGGUUAUAACAAUGCUUUCUGCUCGUCCAAAAAGAAACUUGUGCUGAAAUGAAUACAUAAGCAUUUGUUAAGUUUAUAAACGUCUCAUUCGAUCAUGAAAAUUGUCAAAAACCCACUUGUCGCAGCUUUGAGGAUAUGCAGCGUUUCUAUUUGGGACGACUGGCUGAAUAAAUUGGAAAAGUUACUGACAAAUAAAUGAGAAUAAUUGUUUCUGCUCUGCUUUUAAUUUCACUUAUUUUGUGCACUUUUUUUGUAUUAUCUGAACCCCAAAUCCUCCCUUUCUUCAUCCUUGUAAAACACCCUCAAACAUCGGUAACUAAUUGUGUUUAGUCAGGAGAACAUUUCCUCCCCUUUGUGAUGCUAAUGCUUUGUUUCACACCGCUGAUGUUGGGAGUCUCUUCUGUUAACUCUUGUAUUAUGUAGUAAUAAUCUCAAUUUACGAGAGACACGACAGCACCAAAGCAAACCGUACGUGUUGUGGUUUCGCAGCACUCAAGAAUGUUCUCUUUAAAAUGCUGUGAUGUUGGAGGUAGAGGACGUUUUAGAGUUUAAAUCGAUUAGCGGCUGUAUUGGAUCAUAGAACACUGUUGUAUCUUGAGACCAAUUAAAAAUGUGCAAUAACAA